GCUUCAAGGACAGAAAGAGAGUUCAAGAUGGUCCCGGAAUCCCAGUCACCUCCCGCGACUGACAGCUCUCAAGAAGCUGGCAAAGCGGAAGAAGGGCCUGCCACUCGUGGCCACUACACGCCUUCAGAGCUUGAACGCCUUGGUCGUCAGCGUCCAGACGCCUUCAAGAACAUAUGGGUUGAACUCGGUUUCGGCUUCUCACUUCUCGGAUCCAUGUUCGUGGCCGAAUACUUCAUUUCUGGAUUCAACGUCUUGCUACCUGCAUUAUCCCAAGCAAUCAACAUCCCAUCUCAGGCCGAAACAUGGCCGGCAAGCGUGUUCUCGUUAGUUACUGGCGCUUUUCUUCUGCCCUUUGGUCGAUUGGCAGACAUGUAUGGAGGAUAUGUUGUCUUCAACACCGGACUGGCAUGGUUUGUGAUAUGGACUCUCAUCGCAGGGUUCAGUCAGAACUAUAUCAUGCUCAUUGUAUGUCGAGCUUUGCAAGGAUUCGGCCCUGCGGCUUUCUUGCCAUCUGGAAUCAUGAUUCUCGGUAGCAUCUAUCGCCCUGGUCCCCGCAAAAAUCUGGUAUUCUCCCUAUACGGUGCAUUUGCCCCGAUCGGCUUCUUCGCAGGCAUCUUCUUUGCUGGUAUUGCUGCUCAACUCAUGACAUGGAACUGGUAUUUCUAUUUCGGUUCCAUCAUGCUCGGUGUCGUCGCUGUAGCUUCGUUUCUCUGCAUCCCAUCCGACCGCAAGAAAGUCAACGAAAAGCAAGAGCUCAAGCAAACACAAGUGAAAAUGGACUGGAUGGGCACGGCGACAAUCAUACCGGCACUUGUGUUGAUCGUGUAUGCUAUAACGGACGGAAGUCAUGCGCCAAAUGGAUGGGCAACACCUUAUAUUCCCGUCACUUUUGUCCUGGGAUGGCUGUUCUUCGGAGCUUUCGUUUACAUUGAAGGGUGGGUUGCCGAGCAACCUUUGCUACCUUUCGACAUCUUUCAGGUCAAGGGUAUGGGGCCACUCGCGUCUGCCUUGUUCCUGCAAUAUGGAACUUUCGGUAUUUUUGUCUUCUACGCAAGUUUUUACAUUGAGGAAGUCCUUCACAAAAGUCCUCUUUUGACGGCAGCGUGGUUCACUCCCAUGUGCGUUGGAGGACUCAUCCUCGCAACCGUCGGAGGAUUGGUCCUCCAUCUCCUUCCCGGCACUGUACUUCUUGUGAUAUCAGGAUCCGCUUACGUUCUCUGUACGCUCUUGUUCGCCAUCCUCCCCGACGACCCCAAUUACUGGGCCUACAUCUUCCCCGCCAUGAUAUGCUCCACCCUCGGUAUCGAUAUCACCUACAAUAUCUCGAAUAUCUUCUUCACAACUUCUCUACCCUUGGCGCGCCAGGGCUUAGCUGGCGCUUUCGCGAACUCGAUUUUGUUUUUGGGGAUUUCAUUUUUCCUUGGGUUCGCUGAUCUGGCGGUGACCCAGACCGCCGACCGUGGGAGGAAAGAGUCAUACAAGGUUGCAUUCUGGAUGGCGACGGGUUGCGCUGGUGCAGGGCUGCUUAUCAUGUUCUUCGGCGUUAAGAUUGGGAAAGCGAGUAGCGAGAUGACGAUUGAGGAAAGAGAGGAGCUGGAGAGGAUGAUGGAGAGUAGGGAGAAUGUUGCUAGCGCGACUUGAUUUGGUUGUUUGUCUUUUUGUAGAACUGCACUUUGUCAAUACAUUUCUAGUACAUCUUGUUGGCCUUUGCGAUUUUGUAGUGUCUUGAACGCAUGAUGUUAGUGGAGACACGGCAGUGGCUAUCUUUAGCGUGGGCAGUUGCCUACUUUCGUGGUGGUAGGCAAAUAACGCGGCAUUGCAUUGUCGGCGUUAGAGGGCAUGCGCUGCUAUCUCAUUCGAGUCCAUUUCACUCAACAUUCGACCGCCACGCAGACUAUCUAGUGGUAAAAGCUUUUCCAUACGCGACGAUUUAUUGUGUUGUUGUUCCAACUGAGAAUGCGCUGCAAUCACCGAUGCACAACGUUGUCCGUGACAACCUCCAGCGAUUAUAGCGGCAUCAACCUCAGUGCCAUGCCUGUAUCCAAAUUAAGAUAUCCCUAUCAUACCCCGCCAUGGAGAUCACUCUGUAGUAUAUUUUUUGGUGUAGCGUGGUGAGUUCAAAGGUCAGCAAUGCCGUAUGUAACCAUUCACACACACAGUAACAUACCAGCCAUAUACUCGUACGUUUUCUGAUCCAACAAACCAUAGCUUUGAUUCAGCUGUCAUAGACCGCACAAGAUCCAAAAUGCGCUAUUAUGAAGUCGGGGGGAUUGACUUGGUCAGUGUAGCAUGCACGCAGAAACAAACAGCGAAUAAAGUUAGUGAUCCC